AUGUCGAAACGUCAAUUACUCAAGGAACAUUUCAUGGUGUUGUCUUUGAAGUAUUGCAAAAGGGCAUGGUGUUGGUUCAUCAUGAUCACUUUUUAUCUUUUGCUUUUCAAUACGAGUAUUGAACACAACCACUCAUUCCACGUACAAGCAAUUCCUAUUCCAUUCCCUCACAAGGCAAUAUCUUCUUCACCGUACACAACAUUUAGAAUGAUGACGUCGCCACGAGGUCUCUCACACUCCCUCUCACAACCAUUCACUUUCCAUGGUGCUCAUCAUCCAACAGUUGACGCAUUUCAAUCAACACCUUCCAGCGCAUUGCCUUCCAUAAUUUCAAUCACCAUGAAUGCUUCCACAAGUACAAUGUUACUACCAACAAUGACGGCCAUUGGAACAACAUCCUCUCUUAUACUGUCAAGCUUAAAAAGAAGAAAUAUCAGAGAUGUCAAUGCUGGUUUUACGUCCAUUCAACAAUUACAACAAGUGGCAUCUCAACGACAUGUGGUCAUUGGAGUUCACACCAUCAUUGGAUUACAAGCAUCGUAUGUGGAAAAAUUAUUGGGAUUAAAUUCAACCCUCCAUGAUUACAGAAUUGAAAGAAUGGAUCGACCUGAAGCUGAUUGUUGGAUGGGAAGUGUUUUUGAAUACUUUGAUGCACUGGUAACUACAGAUUCGUAUUUUACAAUCAUGUUUCGACAAAAUAGAGAUUGUUAUUUGGGAGAGCGUAAAUUUAAAUCACUGACAAAUGUCUCGAGUGAUAUCAAUCUGGUGAAUAUUGGUCCCUAUGAAGUGCUAAUGCUCAAUUCCUCCACAACCAAUGAUUUUGCAUCUAUGGAACGAAUUGCCACACAAGCAUUGUAUGCAGCAAUGGCACAAUUGGUCAAUCUCAUGUUCAUUCCCCUCUCAUUCUGCAAUUCUUUUUACAUUUCACAUGAUUAUGCCAUCAUUCGAGCUGGUUACGGAUUUGUGAACUUGACAGAGAUGGACUCUCGUGCUUUUUCGAUUUACUUCCAAAAUCCAAUGAAUGUCAAUCAUACCUAUUAUCAAUUGGCUUUACAACAAUUGAAAUCCAAUAUCACGACAGACGUGUUUGAUUCUUUAAAGAUUCAAACAAGUUCAACACUAAGCUCCUCAUUAAGCUCAAUGAUUUUUCCAGCUUCCUGUUAUUCAUGCUCCACUUCACAAUGCAUGUGGGAAGAUAGAAACAGCCCAACACCCUCUCCUCAGUAUGAUCCCAUCGCCGCCUCCACAGGAGUGUUUAUUGGACUUUCCUUAAUUUUUUAUUGGCCACUCUUAAUUCUCUUUCGAAACAAGCCAAGUAUUCGAAAAAGAUUGAUCAUUCCCUAUGCAUGUCCAAUACUUCUGUAUAUAUUCAUGGUUGUUCAAUUAUUUGAGGUUGCAAAACCAUGUUUCAUGUUUCAGUUCAUUGUCAUUUAUUUCACCUCCGCAUACAGUAUUACCAUUUAUUACACCAUUAUGGCUCGUUUUCUAAUUUUGAGAAAUUUGUACAAUAUUUUGAAGAAAUGCAAGAAUGAACAACAAGUGAAAGCUGUCAAAUUUUUAGUGAGCAAGACUUGUGGAAUUACUGCAGCUUUAGUGUUAGGAUUUAUUGUUGCAUGUGUCGUUGCGUUGGUUCCAAUUGCAGCCUAUCGACAAGAAUUCUUUAGCUUCAACUCUCAAUACGUUUCUUCAAUGACUUUGAGUUUGAUUUCCAUCACGUUUGCUGCCAUUUCGUUAUUGAUUGUUUUGAUCAAUGUGAUUUUGAGCAUUCCGACGAUUAAGGCCAAAGGAAUUUUAUAUUUUCUAUUCUUUGAUGAUCCAUUGUAUCUUCGAUUUGAUUCAUUGUUUGUUACCAUGAAUGCCAUCUUAAUUUCUGUGAGCUUGUUCACAAAUGCCAACCAAAUUCCAGCUUACAAUGGUAUUAUUUCUUUCAUCAAUUUGACACUUGGAUUUAUGUAUUUUGGAGGAGUUGCAUUAAUUUUUGAGCUGCUAAAACUGCUCUUCUUCAAAGCUCCAAAAGAACAGGAAGAACUGGACAAGAAAUUAGCCGAUGUUGGAUUUAUGACAUUACUCAAAGAGUUUGCAGAAAAGGAAAUGAGUUUGGAAAAUAUUUACUUUUAUGAAAAGGUGAAAGAAAUGGAAAAGAAGAGUCUCGAUCCAAAUCCCAGACUGAGUUUAUCGGAUUUAGAUUUCCUUGCUAACAACUUUAUGAAACCAUUUUCCAAGAAUGAGAUUAAUUUUUCACACGAAACAAAGAAAGCAUUUUACGACCUUGUGGAAUCUUGUAAGAAGAAUGAAGAUAUUCGAUUUAAUGCGUUGCGUGAAGCAGUCAUGAUUCCUCUCAUGAUCAAUAUCAAAGAUACCUAUAUGAGAUUGGUGAGAACAAAUGAAUAUAGAAAAUGGGAAACUGCCAAGAAUAUUACAGAAUGA